AAAUUGCAUAUUAUUAUCCAAUAUUUCACCUUUUCCACAACUUCUGACGCAAAAAAUCAAGUCAAAAACAUCUCUAGAGAUAAAAUUACCGCAUAAGUAACAGCCAGGAGUAUCGUAUCAACCAAUAACAACACAAUUCAGCCUUGUUCGAGGUUAUUUUCGUUCGAGACUACUCUGGUAUACGGCGCAAGUCCGUCACGAGUAUCGAGGAAACUUUGUCGUUUCUGCUUCAGGUUUAAAGGAAAGCUUACGUGUGUAAAGUGGCUCUUGAGCGCACGCUGAAGGUUUAAUUUUUCUUUUAAGUAUAUUUAUACGUAGUUUUUCUACACCAUGGCGUACUGUAUGAGAGUUUUGCAUCGCCAUGGGGGAAAAGCGAAUGUCGCCCUCCAGGAAGUCCAAGUGAGAUGUUUUCACAUCUCUCCUUUGGCUGCUGCCGCCUCCAAGGUGGCUAUGUCCAAAUUUGACAAAGACCCUUUGCCUUAUGAUAAACUGGUGAAAAAUUUGGAAGUUGUGAAGAAGAGAUUAAAUAGGCCGCUCACUUUAUCUGAGAAAGUUUUAUACUCACAUUUGGAUAACCCACAAGAACAGGAAAUCGAACGAGGAAAGUCCUACCUCCGACUACGCCCAGACAGAGUUGCCAUGCAGGAUGCAACCGCUCAAAUGGCCAUGUUACAAUUUAUUUCUUCUGGACUGAAACGGGUCGCUGUUCCCAGUACUAUUCAUUGCGAUCACUUGAUUGAAGCUCAAAUUGAUGGAGACAAAGAUUUAGCCAGAGCUAAAGAUUUGAACAAGGAAGUUUACAAUUUUUUAAGCUCUGCCGGCAACAAAUAUGGUGUUGGUUUCUGGAAGCCAGGUUCUGGUAUCAUUCAUCAAAUUAUCCUCGAAAACUAUGCUUUUCCCGGUCUUCUUAUGAUUGGUACUGACUCUCACACACCCAAUGGAGGUGGUUUGGGUGGUCUCUGCAUUGGUGUCGGUGGUGCUGAUGCUGUCGACGUCAUGGCUGAUAUCCCAUGGGAAUUGAAAUGCCCGAAAGUUAUUGGUGUACAUUUAACUGGUAAAUUAUCUGGCUGGACUUCACCAAAAGACAUCAUCCUAAAAGUAGCGGAUAUUUUAACUGUAAAAGGAGGCACUGGCGCUAUUGUUGAAUAUUAUGGACCCGGUGUUGAGUCGAUUUCUUGCACAGGUAUGGCAACUAUUUGCAAUAUGGGUGCCGAAAUUGGAGCUACUACCUCAGUUUUCCCUUUUAACAAGAGGAUGAACGACUACCUUAAGGCAACUAGUCGUGGCGGAGUAGCCGAGGAAGCUCAAAAAAUGGAAAAAACUUUGCUUAAUUCAGAUCCAAAUGCACAAUAUGACCAAGUAAUAGAAAUCAACUUGGACACCCUUGAGCCUCAUGUGAAUGGACCAUUCACCCCUGAUUUGGCCAGUCCCAUCAGUAAAUUGGGCGCUAAUGCCAAGAAAAAUGGCUGGCCAUUGGACAUUAGAGUUGGUCUUAUCGGUUCUUGCACCAACAGUUCUUAUGAAGAUAUGGGUAGGUGUGCAAGUAUUGCAAAAGAAGCCAUGAGCCACGGCGUUAAAUCCAAGAUUCCAUUCAACGUUACCCCCGGAUCUGAACAGAUUCGCGCUACUAUCGAAAGGGACGGAAUCACUAAAACUUUGUCAGACUUCGGAGGCACUAUCUUAGCAAAUGCUUGCGGACCUUGCAUCGGCCAAUGGGACAGAAAAGACGUAAAGAAGGGCGAAAAGAACACCAUUGUUACAUCUUACAAUCGUAACUUUACCGGACGUAAUGACGCCAAUCCCGCUACUCAUGGUUUUGUCACGUCCCCUGAACUUGUUACUGCUCUGAGUAUCGCCGGAACUUUGGAUUUCAACCCUCUAACCGACGAACUUACUGGAUCGGACGGUAAAAAAUUCAAACUUUCCUCGCCAUACGGAGACGAACUGCCGGCCCGUGGCUUCGACCCCGGCCAGGACACUUACCAACCUCCAGUUGCCGAUGGCAGCAAAGUCAGUGUCGACGUGGACCCGAAAUCUAAUCGUUUGCAAUUGCUUGAACCUUUCGACAAAUGGGAUGGCAAAGACCUGGAGGACAUGACGGUGCUCAUUAAGGUCAAAGGAAAGUGUACCACCGAUCAUAUCUCUGCGGCUGGACCAUGGUUGAAAUAUCGUGGACACUUGGACAAUAUUUCUAAUAACAUGUUUAUUGGAGCCACCAAUUCCGAAAACAACGAAAUGAAUAAAAUCAAAAACCAACUUACCGGUGAAUGGGGCACAGUUCCGGAUGUCGCUCGCUAUUACAAAGCCAAAAAUGUUAAAUGGGUGGCAAUAGGAGAUGAAAACUACGGCGAGGGAUCAUCCAGAGAACACGCCGCUUUGGAACCCCGUCACCUCGGAGGCAGAGCCAUCAUCGUCAAAUCGUUCGCUCGUAUCCACGAAACUAACCUUAAGAAGCAAGGUAUGUUGCCGUUGACCUUCGCCAACGCCAGUGACUAUGAUAAGAUCAAACCAGACGAUAAAAUUAGCCUAAAGAACCUAAAGAAUUUGGCACCUGGAAAACCGGUGGAAUGUGAGAUUAAGCAUAAGGACGGAAGCGUCGAUAAAAUUUUAUUGAACCAUACAAUGAACGACCUGCAGAUCUCGUGGUUUAAGGCAGGCAGUGCGCUGAAUAGAAUGAAGGAAAUCGCUGCUGGAAAGUAAUUUUUCGAAAUUAUUAUAUACGAGUAAAGUUAGCGACAGUCUUUUGAUACUUAAGUGAUUAAUACAAUAAUAUAUUAAAAUAUUAUUUUUUUGUUGCGUUUUAGUAGGGACUGUACGGUAAAAUUUUACAUUCAACUUCUUUAAUAAUUAAUUAUGAAUAUAAGAAUUACUUGUAAAUUAUUUCGAAAUAGAAAUUCCUGUCUAUGUACGUAAUAUUAAUGCGGUUAUUUUAUGUGUAAAUUUUGUAUUUUUUCUUUUAACAUUCAUGCGCAUUAUUGUUUUCAAAUACUGAUCUUAUCAACGUUUCGGUUUUGUACAUAAAACUAAUUGUGUAUAGUAGAUGUUUUUUCAUCCGCAAGAUUUUUAAAGAUAAUAAAGAAAACGAUAAAAAUA